AUGUCUCCCAGCUGCUCCGAAGCACAGCCGAAGAGUAUACCACCACCUGUGCCUCGGGACACGCAGUCCGAGCACUUGGACAAUCUGGCCACUGAUUACCUUGAGAGAGAAAUUUUUCCUCUGCUGCUUCCAGCAUUAAAGGAUAUGCUGCAUGAAGCACGUAGAUGGGACUGCCUCUAUGUACAAAAAUGCCGUUUCAAUGGAAUUGAUUAUCUUGCUGAACUUCUAUGGAAUCGGAAUCGUCGUCAUCCUUAUAGGAGCAAACAGUGGAGAGAGAUCUUCAGCAUACCAUUUGUCAAAAGAUAUCUCAAAAAACACCCAAGACCAUAUUUUCCUUUAUCCUGGCUGUGGACACCAGAAGAAGCAGCACUUAGAAUACAGGCUCAAUUCCGUGGUUUUCUGGUGCGCAAGCAACCAGAAGUACAGGAGAUGAGACAGUUCUGGAAGGCACUGCAGGCAGAAAAAGAAGAGGAAAUGAGGCAAAGAAGGGAGGAACUACGACUUGAAGCUACAGAAGCUGCAGCAGUAGCAACUAAGGAGGUGUAUGAACAUAUUGAGACAGUCCAUCAACAAAUGGAAGAAGCACGUACCAUGAUACAUGAAUCUGCUGAUGCAGCAAUGAAAACUGAUUGA